AUGUGUCCCCCGGGAUCUCAGCCGCUCUUCCGCUCGUGCCGCGGCCCGCCACGACUCCACGGCUCGCCGAGAACGCUCUGCCGAGCUGACGAGGCCUUGCAGGUUGAGAACAUGCUGUUCCCUAAACUCAUCUCUCUGAACUCAGCUCACUUUGACUUUGCGGGCUGCAACUUCUCAGAGAAGAACAUGUACGCCAAAGACAAGCGGGACGGACAGUCUAAGGAGGGCAGUGGGCGGGUGGCCAUCUACAAGGCCUCAGGCAUCAUCCACAGCUACACAUUGGAGUGCAACUACAACACAGGGCGAUCAGUGAAUACUGUUCCGGCAGCCUGCCAUGAUAAUGGGCGGGCAACCCCUCCACCUCUUCCAACAUUUCCCUCUAAAUACACCGCGGAUCUGUUUGAGCAGGUUGGAAGGGCGCUGGCAGUCGCAGUGCUGGACAUGGCGGAAUGCAACCCCUGGCCACGGAUUGUCCUGUCCGAACACAGCUGCCUUAGCAACCUGCGAGCCUGGAUGUUGAAGCAUGUGCGCAGCAUGCGGGGCUUGGCAGGCUGCAGCCGGAGGAAGGGCAACAAAACCCCACCUAAGGGGGGCAAUGUGCUUUCUGCCUCCAGUUCUGAGAAUUCUCUGUACCGGACCAGGAGUUUCAGCAACGGCACCAGCGGGGGGAGCAGCAGCAGCCAGCAGACCUCUCCCCUGGUCAAGACCUCACCUAGCUUCACCUUCAGCUGCUCACGGUCUCCUGCCCCUGCAGGCAUGGGCAUGGGUCAGAGCUCCCAGAAAGGGGUCUCAAGAGUGCUGACUCUGGUACGAGAGCCUCGAGUCCAGGAGAAGCAGCGUCAUCAGCAUCAGACUUUGCUGCGAGCCGCAGCAAGCAGCAUCCAGGUGCCUCCGCCUCUCCCUCCCUCAGGCCGGACAGUCUCCCACCUUCAGCUGCCCCCCAGUCUCAGCCUCUGCCCCCUCUCCACCACUGUCUGCAAGUCAGGGACCAGACACUAUGGGCUACUUGUGGGCACCAAGGCAAACACCUUAGCAGCUGCCUGCCAUGGACUGCAAAAGGCAGAGCAUUCCGGAGAGGAGCUACAGGCCCCUUCACCUUGUAGCCUAACGCUGCUCCAGAAUCUCUCAAGGAAACUGAACAGUGACAAGCUAUCAGAGCCAUCCAGCAUGGAGAUACUGGCACCUCGACCCAGCCGGAUCCCCAUUCGCAGGAAAGGCCAAGCCCAGCACCUACUCAAGUUCCAGAGCUGCAGCAAUGAUUCCUCACUCAAAGUGUGGAAAUACUCACCCUCACAAAUGCCAUCCCAGAGUUCUCUGCCAGAGUUCCCACUGGAAGUGCCAGAGAUGACUGCAACAAAUCAGAGGGAAGAGUCACUUUUUCUGUGCAACACUCCCAAGGUUUUACUGGACAAGCAUCUCCCGGGGCGCACAGAUUCCCCUCAGCUCACCUACCACAAGAUCCUGUCUUUCUGCACAGAGGCCUGAUUUGCCAGGGAGGGCUCAGCAACUGCAGCCAACCUGUUCCAGCUCCUCAGGAGCCUCCACCCCACAGCACGCCAGGCACAAGACGGCUCCACCAUGCUCACUGUGGGAGAGACCGGCUGAGACACCCUUCCUGCUGACAUCCAACAAGUCCUCACACCAUCCAUCAUCCCGACCCUGUCCUUUUAAACCAAAGCUCCUGUUUCAGCUGCAGCAGCCACUGGUGUUUGCUUGGAGCCACUCUUCUGGGUGUUAAGGCCCCCUUCCACACUCAAGUUGCAGUCAGCUGCACAAGACACCAAAGGCCUAAACAACACAGCCAGGCCAGUCUCCCUGGAGCCCUCUUCUCUGCUACCUUCAUCAGGGUCUGGGGUUGUCUCCUUUUGCCCUCUGACCAUGGACCACUACAGUACAAGGAGGACAAAAGCCUAUCAGGGUGGAUGAAAUCUGAGGUUCUCAGUGAGACAAGCUCUCCCCAUGGAACAUACAUCGCAAUCAGACACACACACACACCCCCGAAAGUUGUGUUUGGAAUCUCUUUAAGGCCGAUUCACCACAAAGCCAGCCACGCCUCCUUCUCCAGACCUAUGGGCAGGGGUCACCACCUUAGGCCAUUUCUGCAGCUGUAUAUAGUAGUUACCGGGUUGGAAGAUAUUUUUGAAACCAGAUUGUCUUGUAACACGUUUCUAUUAAUAAAAUUUGUUUGACAAAAAAAA